UUCUAGACUCAAUUUAGAGUUUAAUAAGAACGGGAAGAUGAUUAUGAAUCGUAAAUCUUGAGCUCUAUCGUUAGUUAGAAUCAGAAUAGGCCUGCUGUAUGGUUCAAAUUAAGCGUGCAAAUUCAUAGCGCCCCUAGUCUAUAUGAAGCGCUGUUGAGGGACAACGUCAGUCUUCAGUCUCAACGGACAUACGCCGUUCAUCAUGAAUAUUGCUAUAUUUGUAACCCUACUCUGCAUCGUUGGGACAUCAACAUCAAAGGCAACACUUCAACAUUUAUCAGAUAAAGUGGCAACACACAUCAAGACUUUGACAGAAAAAGCGGCAAGCACAAUACAUAAACUAGCUACAGACAUAGAUCCCAAAAAACUAGAACAAUUGGAUUUAUUACAAAUAUUUACAAAGAAAUUAGCAAAGAAACCACAUCCUGAACUUGUGCUAAUCGAUCCCUACCAAGUGGAUAGAUUGAAAUAUUACUUUGAACAUGCACAUGGUCUCAAGAAACCUGUAUCACAUACUCCGAUUCCACCAAUAAGACAUCCACCGCCCGUACCACAUAAGCAAUAUGGAAUACCACACUAAUAAUUAAGAAAAUUAGUUCUAUAGAGUUUUGUAUGAUCUCUAUAAAUAGAUAGGCGAUUACUUGGAAACGAUAGCUUUAGUGUUGUUGACUAUCUUUAUUAUUAGUUCGAAUUCACACCACCGUAUAAAUCGCUACAAUCAGCGCCAAAAUGGUGAAAAUGAAAUUGGCACAAAAUAUCAGUCUUAUAGCCAGUCUAUUUAAUGAGGUCAGUGUUAGUGCCCUUUUGUUAUCUGUGAAACAUAUUUAAAGUUAAAAACUUCGGUUACAAAUCCAUUUUUGAUUGUUCUGAUGGGUUAGACAAUAUGCACGCGCUUAGAUGCAAUUCCAUAGCGAACUUCAAAAAUGUUUAAAACUGACUUUGGAUAAGUCGUGUGAUUUUCGCGCGUUAAUUUCAUAUAAUACAUUUUAGAAAUUUGUUAUGGAAUUGCUUUGAAGUGAAGCGCAAAGUGCUUCGACACCCUCUCUUCUCUUUUUUUAUAACAGAAGGGGGCAAACUAGCAGCGGGAACACCGAGGUGUUAGAAUAUUUGCCUGUUUUACUAGUAUGUUGAAGUGUUGAAUUAUUUUAAACUAUGUACCAAAUAUAAAUAUAUAAUUAUACAUAAAUAUAACAUGAAUUAGAUUGUACAAAUCGACUAAAGACUUAUGAAGGACAUUAAAAU